UCCCAGGCUCAGUCCUGUCCCUUGGUCAGCAGAGGAGGUUGGACCAGGCUCAGACCAGCCUCGGAAAUCCCUUGUUCCAGCAGUUGACCCCCGCUGACCAGCCCACCAUGAUUGAGUAUCCCAUGGGACUGACCACAGCACUGGGUUUAGCUGGCUCUGCCAUGGGGACAGCCAUAGCUCUUGGACUCACUGCAGCCGUGAUGCCAACAGCCCUGCACAUGAUGGGCUUCACCAAAGCAGGGAUUGCAGCUGGAUCCUUGGCUGCCAGGAUGAUGUCUCUGGCUGCCAGGGUCAACAAUGGCAGGGUGGCUGCAGGGAGCCUGGUAGCCAUGGCUCAGUCUCUCGGGGCAGCAGGAGUCCCCGCUGCUGUCAAGACUGCCAUGUCAGCUGUGGGGUGUCUCUUCGGGAGUUUCAUCAUGUCUGUCCUGCUGUGAACCCCCCAGAUCCCUACCGAGGCCCUCGCUGAUGUCUGCCGCGACCCCCCCUCCCCACGGGCCUCCCCCUGCAACCCCCCGCAUCUCCCCCGCGGUGCCCCAUCCUCCCCCGCUGUAUCUGACCUCCCCCAAAUAAAGACGUCCCGUGCAGGCACA